AUGGAGCAAAUAUUGUUUGACAGUGUGGAACAUCGGACAUCCUUGUCAGCCUUUGGUCAGGCAUGUUCUCCUCCUGCAGCUCCAUGGAACCAACGUGUCCUCGUGAUUGUGCUGGUGGAAAUUGCUGCUCUUUGCAUUGAUGAUUCCAAUUGUGACUACUACAUCAAACGCUCAUAUGCAAAUCUGAAGCUAGACAAGUUUACUGAAUCAAAGAGAGAUGCAGAGGCUGCUAUCAACUUGAGUCCAGAUAAUCCCAAAGCCUUCCUUCGCAAGGCCAUCACUUGCUUCCAUCUGGGAGAAUACAAAGAAGCCUUGAAAUCAUUUGAAACUGUCCUGAGGAUUGAUGAAUCCACACCUGGCAUCAGACAGUGGAUAACGUGGUGUAAAGAGCGCCUAGAUCGAAGCAAGAAAGAUUUAUCACCAGUGAUCCAGGAGAAUGAAGCUGAGUUGAAAGCCUAUGCUAUGGCAUCAGUAGAGGACAUUGGUGAUGCACCUCUUCCUGCUACUCCUGGAGGGAGUACUGGAAAAGUCAAGCAUGAUUGGUAUCAAACACAAACUCAUGUGAUUGUCACUGUGAUGCUCAAAGGCAUCUCCAAGGAUGACCUCAAAGUUCAUGUAACUGAAACCACCCUCAGUGUGACAGCUCUUCUUCCCAAUGGCAAUGAAUACAGUUUGGAGUUGGAUCUGGCUCAUCCCAUACUUGAUUCAGACUGUGUUACGAAAAUCCUCCCUUCAAAAGUCGAGAUCAAGUUGAAGAAGAGGGAUGAUAUCUUCUGGGCUGCCCUGGAAGGAGAUGGAACCCCUGCACUCAAGCCUGCUUCAUUGACCUCUCAAUCUUGUGCCAGUGAUAGUAAACGAGAAUAUCCAAGUUCUUCUAAACAUAAACACGACUGGGAUGCCCUAGCUGCGGAAGUUGCUAAGUCUGAGAAUGAGGAACAAGGGGAAGGUGAGGCUGGUCUCAAUCAGCUCUUCCAGAAAAUCUAUUCUCAAGGAUCUGAUGAGGUCAGGAAGGCAAUGAAUAAGUCCUAUUAUGAGUCUGGGGGCACAGUGCUGAGCACGAAUUGGAAUGACAUAUCCCAAAAGAAGGUCGAAGUGAAGCCACCUGAUGGAAUGGAGUUCAAGACUUGGGAGAAGUGAUUCAUUUCCCCCCCUCCCCUAUCAUACUCCCACCUCUUCAUGCAUCCCUAGUUUGCAUUUCUCCACUCAAAGAUUCAUUACUCUCUCCUUCAACCCUCAAGAGUACUGAUUUUCUCUGGUGCUGAUGACUACUUGCAACUGGACUGUAGUGAGUCUUGCUACCAAUAGAUGUCUGUUUGACGGUCCCCUCUUUUUCUUGUUUCUAACUUUUGUUCGAAGCACUCUGUGAAUCUGCAAUUUCUAGCCUUCAUUGUCAUUUUAACAUUUGGGAAAUAUAGUUCCUCAAUCCACA